AUGGAAAACCAAACAAUAGUGUAUAUGUUACUUCUAAGUGGACUGUCUGAUCUACCAAGUCUUCAGCUUCCUCUGUUCUUGCUGUUUCUCUUGAUCUACCUUUUGACUUUAAUUCAGAACCUUCUCAUCCUUCUCCUGAUCUUCACUGAUUCCCAUCUUCACACCCCCAUGUACUUCUUCCUUGGAACCCUGGCAUGUCUGGAUAUGGGUUACUCCUCAGUAACUACCCCAAGAAUGCUCUUUGAUUUUGUGAUGAUAAGAAGGGUAAUUUCUGUACAAGCCUGUGUUACUCAGAUCUACUUCUUCUUCUUUUUUGCUACAGGAGAAGUGUGUAUACUGGCGGUGAUGUCCUAUGACAGAUACAUUGCCAUCUGCCGCCCUCUUCACUACAUGCAGAUAAUGAGCUGGAAUGUUUGUGUUCAGUUUGUAUCCAGCGUGUUGGUUCUUGGUGCAGUACAUUCCCUGGUGCACACUCUUUUUUCAAUAAACUUGACGUUUUGCAAUUCAAAUGUUUUGCAAAGUUUCUUUUGUGACCUGCCCCAGUUGCUUCAGGUCUCCUGUAGCGACACAUUUAUCAAUGUAUUGCUUAUAUUUAUCUUUGGGACAUUAAUUGGAACUAUUUUCUUAGGGGUCACGCUUUACCCAUAUGUCACUAUAAUUUCUACCGUUUUGAAAAUUCCAUCAAAAACCAUGAGAUCCAAAGCUUUCUCCACCUGCUCCUCUCAUCUAACUGUGGUUGUUAUAUUUUAUAGUACUGUUUUCUUCAAUUACUUUAGCCCAAAUUCAGGGUAUAAUAUUACAGAGGACAAAGUGGCUUCUGUAUUUUAUGCUACACUAACCCCAUUUUUAAAUCCUCUGAUCUACAGUCUGAGGAACCAGGAACUCAAAACAUCUCUAAGAAGGUCUUUAAGCAAAUUAUAA